AUGGCAAAGUAAGUUAAUAGUAUAGUAUUGUAAUUAGUAUUAUUUUUUUACUGACAGUGUGUUUUUUUUUAAAUUUUAAGUCACAACUUCAGAAUGUAAAGCAAUAUAACUUGUCUUUAGUAACGCGAAUGGAGUUACCAGUCGAGUCAGAACAGCUGGGCCGACUGAAGUGGCUGAGCCAACCAAUCCAGUUCCUCAGAACAACGACCCUUACGCUGUAGCCGAUGAAAAUGUAGCCGACGAAGCUCUUCAACCACCAGUACCAGUAGAAGUACCACAAGCAGAUGGUGCUCUUCUUACUACAAAGCCCAUGACUGAUGUUGUACCUCCUGUGAUUCAAAGUAAGUUUUUAAAACAAUGAAGAAAGGCUUUUAAUUUAAUGUUCAAUGGCAACACCCUUAAGUGUUAUCUACACAUAUAUAACCGUAAUAAUAUAAUAAGAAAACUGUGUUUAGACCGUGACAGAAACGUGGAAACUCGUCGCUCACAGACAAGAUUGUCACAAAACGUUGCUUCGAGGCAACAGAAUCGUACUCCAUCAGUCAGAAGUCGACAGCUUACUGUAAGAUCACAAUCUCAAGCGAGUCAGCGACAACCUACCAGAACAUCACAGUCCCGCGCAUCUCGCACUUCACGGUCAUCAAGAAGUGGCACUUCUAGAUCGGUUUCAAGAACCUCAACAGCUCAGUCUUCGAUAAGUACUGGCAGCCGGCUGUCAGCAACAACGACGGAAAGCUCUAGUUCUUCUGGAAGAUCAGAAUCCUACUCACGCACAGGCCUGACGACCGCAUCUUCUGGAGUCAGACUUCUGGAUUGGGUACCAUUAUUGGUGGGAAAUGAGAGUCCACAGUACUUCUCAGAAGGUAUACAACAUCUGGAGGGAUGGAUCUCUGAGCCAAAGUAAGUUGUUCACCGUAGGUUUUGUACAGUUACUGUUGAGUUGAUUAAAGAUAAAUUAUACUGGUUACAUUACAUUGUUGAGUGAUGUUAUGUAUUGUAAUUGAGUAUGCUUUUAGAGCCGAAUACCCAAUUGAAAUACUGUUAGGCUUGGAGUAUAUUUCGAAUGUCUACAAGGUCGAGAUCAAAAUAGUCGAUCAUCUCGUUCGUAAGUUGCAAAAUAUCAUUCACAAAAACACCUUUUCGACAGUUGAAAAAUUAAUUAUAAAACCAACUACCACAACCUUGGGCGCAAGUCGCAAAUCAUCUUGCAGGUCGCAGAAAACCUUAUACGUUUGAUGCUGUAAACAUACUUUCUAAAAUAUGAAAAAGAAGAACAUUUGACUUUUUUCUAAUAAAGAUAAAAAAAAAUUUUUACAUUGUUAACUUCUGAAACAAUUUUUAGCAUUUUGAAGGCUUCUAACUUGUUCAAUAUAUCUAGUUUAUAUUGUUUUAGCGGAGAAAAUAGAAGUGCGUGUGGGUCGAAGUGGCCAAUUGGACAGAAACAUGACGUACAAAACAGCACGUGAGGCUGAGUACGAGCUGAAGGGUACUGUAACAUUUGAGAAGCCCACUUCCAAAAACGUCGAGGAAGAAACAAAAACAAUUUUCGUAGAUUAUGAAGCUCAGUACGUGUGGCUGACUUUGUUCGAACCUUUACGGAAUAGACUCAACAAGACUAAUCAGGUAAGUACUCUGGUAUUUAGAACAAUUCUAAAUUUUCAAAAUCUGUAAUUUUGUAUGCGGAAGCUUUUAAUGUUUACUUUGACAACUUUAUAUCACCCAUGGUUUUAGCAUUAUUAUAUAGUAGAACAGUAGACUAAAGUAUUUUUUUAGGUGCGAAUUGGGAGUCUGGCUUUGUACGGAUACCCUCUUGACAAGACCAAGUACUCACCGUACCGUGCUCCAUCAAACAAUCGUAGACAAGACCUUCGAACUCGAGAUUCUGGAUCUUCUUUUAUCAGUUUGGUCAGUCUGACCAACUCGAACAGGUCCAACCGGUCGAGUAGAAGCAAUGCCACUCGAUCUGUCGAAAACUUUAACGGAUUCAGAAGUUACGGCGACAACCUGGCUUCGGAUCCGUUGGUUUCUCUUCGUGUCGCUAAAAAUGUUUUGGGAAAGAGAAUGGAGAAUGUGCAGAGGGUGAGGCAUACAAAGCUUAUACUUGUUUACUAUAUUUUCUCAUUUAGUACCUAUUUGUUGUUAUUUAAAGAGACUAUAAAGUUAGUUUAUUGUUACAGAGGGGACUGGACGUGCAAGCUACGGUAAUUAAAAGAGCGAUCGAACUGUUAAACGACUACGAGAAGCAGAUGUUGACUAUGAAACAGCAGAUGAGCACGGCCAUGACGGAGCGUAACUACGAUGAGGUAAGUCAUUUGGAAUAGGACCGUGCAGCCACUUUUACUGUAAUGUAACGUUAAAGGCUUACUUUACUGUUAGCUAAAAGGUAUAUUCUAUAAAAAAUAUUAUAGGCCAAAAAGCAGUUCUUGGCCAUGAUCGACGUCCGAGACCUGGCUUUUCGAGUGGUGCAUCUGGAUCUGCUACUGGGCAAACAGGAAGUAAGCCAGCUGGAUCCAGAUGCGUGGAAUCAGAUUCUGAUUCAGAAUUCGUUUUAAUUUUUUUUCCAACUUCUUUUACUUUACGAUGGCUUCUCUUACUGUGACUUCUUUUACCGUCGGCUUCUGUCAACGUAUGUUUUCCACUUUUCAAACUAUAAAAGUAAUGGAAUUUUAGUUAUUUUUAAAUUGUGUAAUUUAAAAAUUUGAAUAAUAUUUGAAUUUGUAGUUGCGAGCGUUGGGAGUGACAUCGACGUGGUCGGAAGACAAAUAA